AUGAAUGAAAAUGUCCUUUUAUAUAUUGAGGUAGCCAGCGAUUUCAGUAGCCUCCAGAAACUAAACUUCGAGUAUGAGUUGGAGAUACUGCCCCAUCCACAGACAUCUACAAGAUCACGUUAUGUCUUCAUAAUGUCAGUUGACUACAUGCUUAAAGACCUCCCAGAAACUUACACCUUUUGGAACAGUAGUCAUCAGCCCCAGAUCCAGUUCCGGUCCAUUUCAUCCAACGCCCUGGUCUUCCGCACCUCACAUCGCACACGGCUGAGUUAUCAAAAUGACAGUACCUUUUCUGAAGUGCACUGUCUCGGUUUUGGCACUGCUAGUAGAGAGAGGCCAGAGAAAGGGGAAGAGGCAGAGUGGGACUGCUAUCACUGCCAUUUGAGGGGCAGGCAAUCUAGUGUUCAGCAUUUCCUGGAAGACUCACUUCUCUGCUCCUCCAUAGGGCCCCUCCCCACCGAACUCUGGACCCAUUCCUCUCCCCUUUCCUACACCUGCAAGACUGGAGACAGAGCCAGGCUCCAGUCUGGGACAAACAUCAGUGAACAAGACAUGGCUCAGACACCCCCCCAGCCCCCGGUUGCAUUCAAACUUAUCCUUGACCCCAUCCCCACGGUUUCUAUUUUUGCCAUAGAAGGAUCUCCUAGGCUCCCCAGAAACUGUGCCACCACAGCUGAAAACUCCACUACUGUGAAUUACUCAAUGAACUGCAACUUGGAGAGGACAAAUUCAACUAAGACUGCCACAUUCGUUUCCAUGGGCACAAUUUUUUUUCUAGGACUCAUAUUCAAUAGUCUUGCCUUGUGGGUCUUCUGCUGCAAGAUGAAAAAGUGGACUGGAACAAGAGUGUACAUGAUUAAUUUGGUUGUGGCAGACUGUAGCCUUCUUGUAAGUCUUCCAUUUAUCCUCUCCACCUUACACCAGGAAAAUGAUGGUACUGGUUUCUGCAAAAUCAGUCAGACCAUAUACCUAAUAAACACUCACAUGAGCAUAUGUACGAUCACAGUGAUUGCAGCUGAUCGCUAUAUUGCAAUCAAGUAUCCCUUGAAAUCCAAAAGCUGGAGAUCUCCAAAAAAGGCAGUUCUCAUCUGUGGAAUCCUUUGGAUCAUUGUAAUUAGUUCUGUAUCUGUAUCUGCAAUAACAGGGGAAAACUUUUGUUUUGGAAAAAAAACCACAAGGGAUUUUACAUCAACAUUAUUUUCCUUGCUGGGGUUUUUCAUCCCACUGGUAAUCCUGAGUUUUUGUUCAAUACAAGUAAUCAUCAGCCUUAUCAAGAAAAAGAAGAUGGCUACCUGUGAAGAAACAGCAAUCCAGAAAACUCUUGUGAUAGUUUUGGCCAACCUCAUUGUAUUUAUCAUCUGUUUCCUCCCGCUGCAUGUUGCAUUGCUCCUUAAGCUUGUUGUAGAUUCAGUAGACUCCUCUUGUCCCUUUCAGGAAGGUGUUAUAGCAUUUAUAAGGGUGGCUUCACGCAUUGCAAAUUCCAACUGUUGCUUUGAUGCAGUUGGCUAUUACUUUGUUGCCAAGGAAUUUCAGGAGGCUUCUGCCACGGCCAUUCCCAAAUUCUUACGGAGCAGGGGACAAAAACCAAGGCACAAAUUGCACCAACCUUCACUGAUGGAGACAGAAAUAGAUGUGCCUGGGAGACAGUCACAGAAUCUGGUUGCCACUUGCUAG